UCGGCGGUGCUUGAAGAGGAGGGCAGACGGAAGGCGGUCGCCGAAAGGGGGCGCUCGUAGAGGCGGGGCCAGUAGCCGAGGGGCGAGGCAGAAUACCGGCUCUGUUAAUCCGUUCCUCUCCGCUGAGGGAAGACUCGGAAACCGGUAGUUUUAACUUGUAUAACCUGCAGUCUCCGCCGCCUGGUCGGCGGGUCGACUGACCGACCUUUCGCUACCACUGCCAGCGCCGAUAUUGGAAGGAUGCGUUGACUCAGUGGCUAAGACGAUGAGCUUGUCGAUCGAAAGGUCAGCAGUUCAGUGGUUCGAAUCCCUAGUGCUGUGUAAUAGGUGACACUCUCUCACAGAGAUUCUGCAGUAAAUGUGAACAAUAAAAUGUGACUUUUUUCUGUGACCUACUGUAGAUUCAUUUGGAUCACAGGCAUCUAAAACAAUAUGUGAAGUUUGAACACUGGAAAACACUGUCAUGUGGAUAUGGAAUAGAAAACAUUAGUAUUGCACAACUGAUUACCUUAAGGCCAAAUAUUCUUUGAACUUUGCUCUGAGAAAUCUUUUGAAUUCUUUGACAUUUAUAUGGCACUUACCGGCAUUAAAAUUGCUUAGAAUGAGCAACUAUUUGAAAACAGCAAGUGAUAAAAUUAUUGUAGAAACUAUGGAUAUUCAAAUGAAAAAUGAACAAAAUUUGGAUAUUCUUCAGGAAGAUAUUGAGAUGAAUGGGGAAAUGAGUAGAAAUGAUAUCAAUGAAAAUUAUUCCAGCAGGCAUGAUUCCCACAGCAAUGAGGGUGAAGAAAAUGAUAAAGAAACAGCUAUAAUUAUGGAAUCUUUUGAUUACUAUAAAAGGAGUGAACAAUCUUCUAAAUCUAAAAUCCGUAAGGAAUUGAUAAAAACUAUGCAAGAUCUAAAAGGAUACCUUCCUCCUCAUAAAAAGAUCAAAGGCAAAUCAAGUGUCCUGGCAACUUUGAAAUAUGCACUUAGGAGCAUUAAGCAAAUUGAAGCCAAUGAAGAAGAAUAUCAAUUGACAAUGAUUAAUAACAGCUAUCUCUCUGAUCUUGAUAUAUUAUCCUGUACUAUGGAAGAUGUUAAAAACAUUACUGCAGAGUACACCAUGAAGAAUGCAGAUAUGUUUGCUGUAGCUGUUUCUUUGGCUACUGGGAAAAUUUUGUACAUCUCUGAUCAGGCUGCCUGUAUCCUCCAUUGUAAGAAAGAUUUAUUUAAAAAUGCCAAAUUUGUGGAGUUUCUGGCACCUCAGGAUGUCAGUGUGUUCUAUAGCUCAACUAUACCAUAUAGAUUGCCAUCUUGGAGUAUUUGCAAUGAAGUUGAAUCUGCCACCCAAGAGUUCAUGAAGGAAAAAUCUUUCUUCUGCCGCUUCAGUGCAGGAAAAGUGAAUAUAAAUGAGACUUGCUACCAUCCAUUCCGUAUGACCCCAUACCUUAUUAAAAUACAAGCUAUAGAAGAUCAACUUUGUUGCAUGUUGCUUGCAGAAAAGGUACACUCUGGGUAUGAAGCACCUAGAAUUCCUCCUAAUAAAAGAAUCUUUACAACCGUCCAUACACCAAGUUGCUUAUUCCAAGAAGUAGAUGAAAGAGCUGUGCCUCUAUUGGGAUACUUACCUCAGGACUUAAUUGGAACUCCUGUUUUACUACAUCUUCAUCCAAGUGACAGAGCUUUAAUGCUAACAAUUCACAAAAAAAUACUUCAGUAUGGCGGACAACCAUUUGAUUAUUCACCAAUCAGAUUCUGUACUAGAAAUGGUGAAUAUGUAACUCUGGAUACAAGCUGGUCCAGUUUCAUCAAUCCUUGGAGUCGAAAGAUUUCCUUUAUAAUUGGAAGACACAGAGUUCGAAUGGGCCCUUUGAAUGAAGAUGUAUUUGUACCUCAGCACAGCGAAGAAAAAAUGCAACAUCCUAAUAUUGAAGAAAUUACAGAGCAAAUACAUAAGCUAUUACUACAACCUAUAUAUAAUAGUGGCUCUAGUGGCUAUGGAAGUUUGGGCAGCAAUGGAUCACAUGAGCAUCUAAUGAGUGUGGCUUCAUCCAGUGACAGCAAUGGGAACAAUGAAGAUACUCGGAAGAUACAGAAAACUAAUUCUUUUCAAAAUACUUGUAAAAAUGGAAGUGUGGACAGAACUCGUGCCUCCUUUGAUUCUAGAUUAAAGCUUGAAAAUCAGAAGAAAUCUUACAGAGAGAAACCCACUGACUACCAUGAUCAUACCAAUAGUACCACUCAACUGUUUGAAAAUGAUGGCAUUGGGACUACUUGCCAAAGUAGUUCAGUUGCAAAAGAAUCAACUUGGGGGGAACAAAUGAUGUAUUCAUAUCAACAGAUCAGCUGUUUAGAUAAUGUUAUCAGAUACUUAGAAAGUUGCUGUGCAGCUGAUACUAUGCAGAAAAUGACUCACCAGACACCAUAUACUGAAGUAGCACUGAAUACUGAUAUAUAUAGAGAGAAAAUGAAUGCUGAUACAACAAAAGCAUCCACAGAAAGGGGACAGUCAAAAACUCACAUAGGUCCUGCAGUGUUGGAAACAUCUGACACAUCCAAUGCUUCAGCUCUUAUGGAUGCUCAUUUAACUUCUUUGACUUUUCCUGGACAACCUGAAAGUGUAAUAUCUUUUGUCAGUCAAUGCAGCUACAGCAGCACCAUAGUUCAUGUUGGAGAUAAAAAAACACAGCCUGAAUUAGAAAUUAUAGAAGACAAUCUAUCUGGGAUAAAAUCCACAGAAAAUCAAACUAUUGUUCUACAAUCUAACAGUUCACAAGAGAAAAAGAGAAAAGCUAUAUUUAAGAAAUUGGGCCUUACAAAGAAUAGCCUUGCAAUGCAUACUCAAAAAGAAGAGUGGAGUUUUAUGAAUAAGUGUAAAGAAAUAAAGAGGUUUCAUAUUUUUAAAUGUGCUUGCAAUUGCUACUUUCAAAAAAGACCCAAAGGAUGCCCAGGAGAACAUGAUAUGUAUGGAUUACACCAUGGUUCUGAAAUAGCUUUAUCUUGGAAGAAAAUUGGGAGAAUCAAAAAAUCUAAACAAAAACGACACAAGCAACAUGAUUCUUCAGACAAUAAAAUAUCUGGUACCAAACCCUUGCAUAAAUUUCUUCUGCUUAGCCCAAAUCCAUCAAAUAACUCACAAGCAAGUUAUCCAACUGUGCCAGUUUCAACAAUUAUGCCCACCAUUUUUCCAUCUGCAGGAAUCACACCAGCGGGACCUGAAGUUUCCCCAUCUUAUUUUAAUGAAACACAGGAUUUCAAAAAACAUUGUCCUCUGCCAUUAACUGAGUUUGUUCCACCCUUAAUGACUCCAGUAGUAGCACUUGUUCUCCCUAAUCCUGUAUGUCCUCAGUCAAACAAUAGUAUUCCUCAGACAUCUUGUCUUGAGCCAUCUAGUUUUUCUGUUCAGCCUUCUUUCUCUUCAGAAACUUUGCUUACAGCACUUCCUUCAUUUGCUGCCUCAAACAAAUUCCUUCCUGAGGUAGAUUUUUCAGCACAACCAUUUUGUUAUAAUUCUUUAGCAAAUGGUGAAAAGAACCCUGUUGUAGAAUGCCAAAAUAAGCUGUCCCGUUCCUGUACACCGGAAUCCUUGGGUCUACAAGAUCAGUCCUCAUCAACAUUGUUCCAGUCACGAUGCAGUUCUCCUUUACAGUUGAAUCUUCUGCAAUUAGAAGAAAUGCAAAAAAUAUUAACAAGUGGAAGUGCUGCUAUAGAGGGAAAUAAUGGGACUUUAACUGAUGGAGAGAUUACAAAUAAACAAUUAAGCAGCAAUGAUAAAAGAAAAGCAUCAUGUGUCGUUAACACGCCAGUGGAAGUUCAGAAUAGUGAUGAUUUUUCUUUAUCUAUUGACCUACUUGAUUUACUUCAAGAAGACACAAAUUCAGUCACUGGAUCUGUUUCAUCAGGAAGUUUUGCUUUAGCAGCUGCUGAGUCUUUAGAUUCUGGAUCACAUGGAUGUGAUAUGUCAAUCUGUGGAGCAGGAUGUAGUGAGACAAGUCAUAUUAGCAAGUAUAUUGGAAAUAUUAAUUCCUCAGAAAAUAAUCCUAAAACAAAAUGUUCACAAAUGGAAGAUGUACAGUAUGUUAAAAGUGUCCUCCAGGAUCCUCUUUGGCUCUUGAUGGCAAAUACAGAUGAUACCGUUAUGAUGACUUACCAGAUUCCAUUACGAAAAUUGGAAACUGUUUUGAGAGAUGACAAAUUGAAACUGAAACAAAUGCAGAUGUUUCAGCCAGUAUUUACGGAGGACCAAAAAAGGGAGUUACUUGAAGUUCAUCCAUGGAUUCAUAAAGGUGAACUCCCUCAGGCUCUUGCAAAUUCGCUUUGUGUUAAUUGUGAAGAAAAUAGCUGAUCUUAUAUACAAAAUGAAGGAGAAAUGGAUGAAAUGGAGCUUAAUGAAUGAGGUGGUGAGAAUAGUUCACCGAUCCUGAACCAAUUCAACAGUGAAAAUGUGUAAUCCAUGAAAAUAAUUUCGAAACCAUCUGCUUUCAGCUAAGGCAAAAGCAUCACUCGAUCUUAAAGAUUACGUUUGUUUCUUGUGAAAUGAAUUUCAUAUAACAAAUGAAUUUUUUGUUCUAAAAAAGGUCAUUUGUUAAUAAUCUCUUUUUAUGGGGGCAUGUCUUUCUAUUACUAUGAGCAAUUGCUGAAAAUGAUUGUUUGCUUUAAUAAAAACUUUUCAAUUUUAAAUGAUUACAUUUAAAGUUAUAGUUUAUUAAAAUUAUAGAAAAUGCUACUAAAACCUCUCUGGAUUCCAUAAAAAAUAUAAAAAUACUAUGUCAUCCUAACAUUUCUUUCCUGACUCUAUUUUUUUUCUGUAAUAUGGACUAUAUAUUUUCCACUUUGGAAAUAUCUUAAAUGAUUUUGAAAUUAAUUGUUAAAAGAUCAAAUAUUUUACAAGUAUUUCAGUUAUAAAAUAAAUCCACUGUUAACCAUUAAAUACAUUUUGAUUUACUGCUAUAUUUUAAAUGCAAUAACAGUACCUUAUUCUUUCUGUAAUCUCCACAUCUGAGAGAGAAUUUU